ACGCCCAUCGAAGCGCGAGAGGACAACUACGUGCAACACCUAGACAGGGACUAGGGCGCGCCAAGGCAACAGGUAGCUACUCUACCCGGCCAGGUAUAGCUGGCCAUGGCCAUGAAGCCUUCAUCAUUCUCCAAGCCAUUCCUCUCCCUGUUCUUCCUCCUCCUGCGGAAGCUCGCCGGCCGCCGGCACCAUCGCGGCCGGAUGGCGGCGACGAAGCCGAACCCCCCUCCGCCGCCGCUGCCGAGCUUGGACAGGCUACACGGCCGAACCCUGGUCGUCGACGUCGAGGCGUGGAUCCUGCGCCCGCCGGUUUGCGCCUUCCCGUACUUCAUGCUCGUCGCCGUCGAGGCCGGCGGGUUCCUCCGUGGGCUCCUCCUGCUGCUGCUCUACCCGCUGCUGUGCCUCCUAGGCGAAGGAGCGCGGGCUAGGGCCAUGGCCACGGUGGCGCUCGUCGGCCUGGAGGAGAAGGAGGUCGCCCGGGUCGGCAGGGCGGUGCUGCCCAAGUUCUUCCUGGAGGCCGCGGCGGCGGAGGGCGUGGCGGCGGUGCGGGCGGCGGCGCGGGUGGUGGCGGUGAGCGCGACGUUCCCGAGGGUCAUGGUGGACGGGUUCUUGAGGGAGUACGUCGGCGUGGACGCCGUCGUGGGGCCGGAGGUGAGGUCGGUCGGCGGCGUCCUCGCCGGGCUGGUGGACGAGGAGGACGCCGCCGAGAUGGCGGCGAAGAGGCUCCGGGCCCUGUUCGGCGCCGAGCUGGAGGCGGCGGGGAAGAAGGACGCCGGAAACGGCGCCGUGGGGCUCGUCGGGGCGGCGAGCAGCGGUAGGGUGCACUACCUUUUCUCUUCUUACUAUUGCAAGGAAACUUUCGCUGUAAGCGAGGCCGACGCGCGGGGAUGGCGACCGCUGCCCCGGGACAGGUACCCGAGGCCCCUCGUCUUCCACGACGGCCGCCUCGCCUUCGCGCCGACGCCGCCGGCCGCGCUCGCCAUGUACACCUUCCUCCCCUUCGCCGUCGCGCUCGUCACCUUCCGCACCGUCGCCUUCUCCUUCCUCCCGUACCGCGUCUGCUUCCCCGUCGGCGCGCUCACCGGCAUGCACUACCGCCUCGUCGGCGGCCGCGUCCCCGGCCAGAGCUCGGGCGGCGGCGGGCGCCUGUACGUGUGCAACCACCGCACGCUGCUGGACCCGAUCAUCGUGGCGGCGGCGCUCGGGAAGCCGGUGACGGCGGUGACGUACAGCCUGAGCCCGGUGUCGGAGCUGAUCGCGCCGAUCCGCACGGCGCGGCUGACGCGGGACCGGGAGGAGGACCGGCGCAACAUGGCGGCGCUGCUGGCGCGCGGCGACCACCUGGUGGUGUGCCCGGAGGGGACGACGUGCCGGGAGGAGUACCUGCUCCGCCUCAGCCCGCUCUUCGCCGAGCUCGGCGCCGGCGUGAACCCCGUCGCGCUGGACACGCGCGUCGGCAUGUUCUACGGCACCUCCACCAAGCCGGGGGCCAAGUGGAUGGACCCCUUCUACUUCAUGAUGAACCCGAGGCCGGCGUACCGGGUGGAGUUCCUGCCGUGCGCCGCUACGGCCGCCGCCGGCCGCGGCGACAGCAUCGGCGUCGCCAACCGGGUGCAGCGCGAGCUCGGCAAGGCGCUGGGGUUCCAGCUCACCGGGCUCACCAGGAAGGACAAGUACAUGACGCUCGCCGGCAACGAAGGCGUUGUGCCGGCCGCUCCCAAAAACAACUGACAUUAUAUUGUUCGUCUGAUGAGUACACACCAAUAUUCUGGUACCAUGUGGUUUUUCUUGUGUCAACUUGAGGACUUCUCUAAGCACGGUUAUGAAUUAUUAUGGUCAAGUUGUUUGUGAAGAAAUAUAUAUUUAUAUUCGACUAUUCGUGUAAAAGUGUAUAUUUUGCAUGUUAAAAGUUUAUGCAUGCUAACGUAAAGUUCACCAA